CAUCCAGCUACAGAUUUCCAUUCUCUCGAUCAAUUUAUAGUCCCCCCACUAUUUUCUCCCUCUGUUUCUCUCUCUACAAUCCCACAAAUCUCUCUCCUCCCUCCUACCUUCCCCGGAAUAUCCUCUUCUCCCAAUUUCCAAUUUCAUCAGUAUUUUGUUGUGAUCCCUUAAUUAUUACAGAAAAUAAAAAAAGAAUAGAAACUCAAUUCCAGCAAUAAAAUGGCAGAUGGUGGUGCAUUAAAGAAACCACCAGGAUUCAGAGAUUCAUCAUCAACAGCGCCGUCGUCGAAGCCGCCUUCUCGACCUCCUCCACCAAGAAAGCCGUCGGUACCAUCCUAUUACCAACCCAAAAGAAAACGACGUGGUUGCUGUUGUCGUUGCUUCUGCUGUUUCCUUUGCCUCCUCCUUCUCCUCCUCCUCUUCCUCCUCGCAUUCUUCGGCAUUUUCUACAUAUGGUACCAACCAAAACUCCCCAUUUUUCGGUUCAGACCGAUCGACUUAGAACGGUUUAACGUCACCGUUAACCCGGACGGCACGGCGUUGUUAGACUCCCUCAUGAUUAUCCGGGUGGAAGCGAGAAACCCUAACAGUAAAAUGAAAGUUUAUUACGGUGAAACUAAGGUGAGUUUGACGGGGGAUCAAGAGACUGGGUUGGGAUCCUCCACCGUACCGGCGUUUGUUCAGGGUACGAAUAAUGUAACGCUGUUGAAAUUUACGGCGGCGGUGCAGAAAGGGGCGAUGGAUUCGACGACGGGGAAGAGGUUAAAAGAUAGGGUGAAAAAUGCGGAGGUGGUGGUAACGGCGGCUGUAAAAACUAAGGUUGGUGUUGGGGUGUUUAAGACCAGAUUUGGGAUGCUUCCGGUUAAUGUAAAUUGUGGUGGUAUUACGUUGAAGCAACUUAAUGAUGGCAAAACUUAUCCUAAGUGCUCCUUCAAUACCUUGAGAUGGAUCAACAUAAAGUAACGGUUUAUCUCGAGAUGAAGUCAUAAUACAGAUUAUUGAGAUAUUUCACAUUGUUGGAUCAACAUAAACUAAUUGCAUGUAUCAGAAUUCAGGAAAAGUUUAUUACAUUUUUGAACUAUUCUUUUUUAUUAUUUAUUUGCUUGGACAAUACAUUGUAUUUGUAAUUUGUUGCAUAACAGAUAGAAUUUCAGAGUAGUUAACGAUAUGGGUUCUUGAUUGAAUAAUUUGUUUAGUUUUUCUAUAAAAUUAAAAAAUCUUGUUUUUU